CCAUCGGCCGCCAGACGUCUGGAGUGAGGAACCGAGAGGGAGGGCUGGGGAUCUCGGAGCUCCCCUCCAGGGCCCUGAGCUGGGCAGGCACCUUGGCCCCCUGGCCCCCUUGACCCCCUCUGGAGGGCGGCGGCUCAGCUCAGCCCUUCUGCUCCUCCCACCCACGGCCCCGGAGCCAGACACAUCAUGUUCUCCAGGAAGAAGCGGGAGCUGAUGAAAACCCCAUCCAUUUCCAAAAAGAGCCGUGCGGGAAGCCCCAGCCCCCAGGCCCCCUCGGAGCUGCCCAGGAAGGAUACCACAGAGCUGUCAUCUCAUGCUGCUGGACCGGAGUCAUCUCCUAGCGGGACCAAGUUAGGCUCAGGAGCUGUGGGUACUCUCAAGCGCCCAACUAGCCUGAGCCGCCAUGCCAGUGCUGCCGGCUUCCCCCUCUCAGCCCCGAGCACCUGGACACUGGGCCGGGGUCAUAAGAGCCCCAUGACCAACAGCCCUGUGGAAGGCAGUGAUGGGCUUUUUGUGGAUGUCGAGGACAUAUCCCAGCUGCUGGCCCACGUGGCCCGAUUUGCUGAGGCCUUGGAGAAGCUCAAAGACACGAUCCUGAGAGACGAGCAACUGGAUGCUCGGAGACCGUUGGCCCACGAGUGCCUGGGUGAAGUCCUGAGGGUCCUUCGACAGGUCAUCAGCAAGUAUCCCCUGCUCAAUACUCUAGAGACCCUCACAGCUGCUGGGACCCUCAUCUCUAAGGUCAAAGGGUUCCAUUACGAGUCAAACAAUGAGUCUGACAAGCGUGAGUUGGAGAAAGCCCUGGAGACCAUUGCUGUGUCUUUCAGCAGCACUGUGUCUGAGUUCCUCAUGGGUGAGGUGGACAUCAGCACCCUUCUCUCGGUGCCUCCCAGUGACCAGAACCAGUCCAUGGAAAACCUUUGUGGGGGCCUCUCAGGGCAAUGUGCGGAUAGCAUGUCACCUGGCACAGAACCUUAUGGCUGCCUGUCAGCGGACGACGUGGACAUGGUGCUGCAGCGUUGUGAGGGGGGUGUGGAUGUGGCCUUGCAGUACGCCAAGAACAUUGCCAAGUAUAUGAAAGAUCUCAUCAACUACCUGGAGAAACGGACAACGCUCGAGAUGGAGUUUGCCAAAGGUCUGCAGAAGAUUGUCAACAGUUGCAGACAGACCAUCACCCAAGAGCCCCACAUGCCCUUCCUGUCCAUCUAUUCCCUGGCCCUAGAACAGGACAUGGAGUUUAGCCAUGGGAUGCUGCAGGUGGUGGCUACCCUGCAGAACCAGACCUUAAUGCAGCCCCUGACUCUUCGGCGUCUAGAGCACGAAAAGAAAAGGAAGGAGAUCAAGGACCAGUGGCAUCGGGCGCAGAGGAAGCUGCAAGAAGCAGAGACCAACCUUCGAAAGGCGAAGCAGAGUUACAUGCAGCGCUGUGAAGACUACGAGAAGGCCAAGUACUUGACCGUAAAGGCCGAGGAGGAGCAGGGUGGUGGCGGUGGGGCUGGUGCAGGCGGUGGGACCAGUAGCGCUGCCACAAAAGCCCUGGACAAAAAGAGGCGGCUGGAGGAAGAGGCCAAGAACAAGGCGGAAGAGGCCAUGGCCACAUACCGCACCUGCAUCGCCGAUGCCAAGACGCAGAAGCAGGAGCUGGAGGAUGUGAAGGUGAAUGCUUUGCGCCAGAUCCAAGAAGUUAUAAAGCAGAGUGACCAAACCAUCAAGUCGGCCACCAUCUCCUACUACCAGACCAUGCACAUGCAGACGGCCCCACUCCCUGUCUACUUCCAGACCAUGUGUGAGAGCAGCAAGCUCUAUGACCCUGGACAACAGUAUGCCUCCCACGUGCGGCAGCUUCAGCGGGACGUGGAGCCGGACACUCAGUACGACUUUGAGCCCUAUGUGUCCCACAACACCUGGUCGCCCUUAGUACGGGGGCGGAAGUCCAGCUUCACUGCUAAUGAUGUGAGCGGUGGGACGGAGGGUAGCGGAGGGGGCUCUGAUGGCGGGGCGGUACCUAAAGAUCGUCGAGGUGGACGGGGCCACCAAGUCCAUAAGUCAUGGCCCACCCCCACAGCAGACUCCGAUAGCAGCUUGGACCCCAGCGCCGCCGGUGCAGCAGGGGACUUCCAGAAGAUUGAGAGGACCUCCUCCAGUGGCACCAUGUCUUCCAAUGAGGAAUUAGCCGAAAAGGAGGGUGACUCAAACACAUUUGAACAGACAGACCUCAACGGCAUCGCCCCUGAGAUGGCAGUACCCACUGGCCCCUUCCGAAACGUGGGGCUCUCCAAGGCAGCCCAGACUCACCGGCUUCGGAAGCUGCGUACGCCUUCCAAGUGUCGCGAAUGCAACAGCUACGUGUACUUCCAGGGGGCCGAGUGUGAGGAGUGCUGCCUGGCCUGUCACAAGAAGUGUCUGGAGACUCUGGCUAUUCAGUGUGGCCACAAGAAGCUCCAGGGAAAACUGCAGCUGUUUGGACAGGACUUUGAGAAGGCGGCCCGGGGCACUGCUGAUGGCAUCCCCUUCAUCAUAAAGAAAUGCCUGUGCGAGAUCGAGAGGCGGGCGCUCAGGACCAAGGGGAUCUACCGGGUCAACGGAGUCAAGACUCGAGUGGAAAAACUCUGCCAGGCCUUUGAGAACGGCAAAGAGCUGGUGGAGCUGUCCCAGGCCUCCCCGCACGACAUCAGCAAUGUCCUGAAACUCUACCUGCGUCAGCUGCCUGAGCCCAUCCUUUCUUUCCGCCUAUACCAUGAACUCAUGGGGUUGGCCAAGGAGAGCCUGCAGGCUGAGGCAGAAGCCAAGGCCGCUCGGGGCCGAACCGAAUCCAGCAGAGACAAGGAGCAGGAUACAGAAGCCAUGACAAGCAGGCUCCGGGACCUGUUGAAGGAGCUACCCCCAGAGAACAAAGCCACCCUGCAGUACCUCAUUCGGCACCUUCGGAGGAUCGUGGAGGUGGAGCAGGACAACAAGAUGACUCCGAGCAACCUGGGCAUCGUCUUUGGGCCCACGCUGCUGCGCCCUCGGCCCACAGAGGCCACCGUGUCUCUGUCCUCCCUGGUGGACUACCCGCACCAGGCGCGCAUCGUGGAGACCCUCAUCUCCUUCUACGACAUCAUCUUUGAGGUCCCGGCUGAGGACAUGCUGGAGGAGAGCCCCAGCAGUGAGGUCAGUGUGCAGGAGGAUGGACCAUCUUCCCAGCAUCCUAGGGAUGAGAUACCUUUCUUGGAGGUGAGUGAAGAUACAACUGACCUGGAUUUCCAAACAGAUGCAUAUAGAGCGUCCAUUAACCGUUCCAACGACUCUGACUCAGAACUGGAAGAUAGCUCAGACUUGCAGGCAUCUGAUGGUGCCAGCACCCUGCACCGACUCAGUCUCUUGAUGAAGCAGGAAAGUGAGACUAGCACCGAGGAAGGGUCCCAGAGCCACAGCGGCAGUGUGGAGCACCUGGACCCAGUGAGAGGGGAGCAGAGUGAUGGCGAUGAAGAUCAGGACCCCAGCAGAGAGGUCCUGGUCCUGCAGCUCUCAUCUUACAACACCAACCAGUCCAAUAACACCCUCCAGGCAGGGCCUACCUCUGCCCAAGAGGCGCAGGCAGGUGGCUGGCAGCUCCCUGCGGUCCGGCUACGUGGGGGGAAGAUCACCAUGGGCACGCACAGAGAAAGGCGGCCAGAGUUUGUUUGAAAUCAAGCUGUUGGCAGAGAAUUUGAUCCCUGCAACAGAAUUUGGGGAAAGUAAUAGACUUAUUUGGAACAUGAGAAAAAAAUUGGAAUGAGGAAGACUACAUAACCCAUAAGUCUGCAGCUGGUGCUGGGCGGAGAUAGGGUUGCUCCAGAUGUUCUGAAGAACUCCACAGAGGCAACUUUGUCUGAAUAUAGACUAGACAGCUAGAUGACUGUCACAGCUCAGGUCAUCGUGACUUGUCACUUUUUUCUUGGUCCCCGCUAUGGGAAUUCAAGCAAAUUUUUUCACUUUUUUUCCCUCCAUGGAUCUGGAAGUAUCCUGGGAUUCCUGAUAACUGCUAUCUGGCCUGCUGUUUCAGAGAGCCAGAACUUAUUUUAAAACAGGUGAUUUUUGCCAAUGGAUUGCUUUUUUUAAAAAAAUGUUUUUAUUUUUACUUUUUUGGAGUAGGGAGGUGAGGGAUCACUCGGGGAAAAAUUUAAGUGGUGUGAUGUAUCCCCCAAGCCAUACUGGAUUCAGUACCCCCAGAGGCCCAAAUGCCUUGCCUCCAGCAUAUCAGAAGAGGCCUUGAGUAGGCGGGUUCCUUCUCUUUUAAUGUAGGUUGGGUCUUUAACAGCCACUUGCCAGGCCCCUGGUGGGCCUAGGGUGAUUGAAAAAAUGAACCAGACUUCUGGGCUACAGCCCUUCUAUAGCAUUAGGUUCCUGAUCUGCCUGGACAGCUUGGGUGGGAAAGCAAGUUUCAAACAUUGCAAAUUAUAUGAUUUUGAAAUACACGAGUGUAAUCCUUCCCAUGCAGAAGUUAAAACAAGGAUCCAUUUCUCCUCAAAUUCAGACCUAGCCUUUAAUCUCUGCUGCAGAGAUCCUGAAUACUGUCUGGUGUAGGGCCCUUUCAUCCCAGUGGGGUGGUCGUGGCUGGAGUUACUGCCAAGGGAUACUGGUUUCACAAACUGGGAAAAUCCCUUUCCGGUUCUGGACUUCACUAGAACUUAGUGGGAAGUGUUUAAGUGCACUUAGGAGGAUCCUGAGCCAGGAGCUGCUUCAGACCAAAGGUCUUGCCUAAGAUAUGCUAUAUAUAUGAUAUAGCAUUUCCAUGUGACAGCAGUGUAAAGUGUCAUGGGAAUGCUGACCCUUAUCCCUCAGUUUAUAUACCGUCUUUAUAAAGUUCCUGAAGCCAGGCUCUCAUCUGUGCUGGAAAUAAUAUACAAAUACAUAAACACUGCUUUAAGGCUUACAAAAAGCUUUCCUCCCAACAGCCCUGAGGUAGAUAAUACAAGGUGCUUCUCAACUUUACCAGAGAGGUGCCUGAGGCUCAGAUAAUAAACUUGACCAUGGUCAUAGAGCCACUGUGUUAAGAGCUGAGAUUCAAGCCCACCUCUCUUGACUUAAGGCCUUUCCCCGUGCCGGGCUGAGCACUCCAGAGUCUGAUUUUACCCCUUAGCAGAAGGAAACGAAGCUUGCUUCAUGCUUGCUGCAGAAGUGCUCAAAGAGAGGGAAGAUUGUCCUAUGAACUGGAAGCAGUAACAGGGCUGAGCGGCACUGUUGGAGCUCAGCAGCUGUAGGCAGGGCACGCUAUUUGCCAUGGACAGAGAAUCAAUCCAGUGGUCCUUUGAGAGCACAACACUCAUGGUUUGUAUGUUUUAUCCGUCUUGCUGGGGACUUUGAAACGCACAUUUAAAAUAUUAAUUCCUUUGCUUAAAAUAAAAUUUGGAGCUCA